AUUAUAUACCUGCCACUUUCUUCCUCUUUCUUUGCUCUGGACCAAGUUGCUCUUUGCAGCUGCGCGCGAACAUUGAGCUUCCCCAGCCGAGCUUCGUCAUAGCUGCGUGCACUCCCCAGCUCCCACGGUCAACCAUGGCCUCUAUUCUGCGCACAGCAGGUCGCGCCCGGCCUGCUCUCGCUGGCUCCAUUGCCCGGCCGACUUCACGGAUCGCGCCAAUUGCCCUCCAACGGCGCUAUGCCUCCGCCGCUGCCAACGCCGUGGCCUCCGCGAACGGAGAGCAGCCAUUCUUCCCAGACGAGCCCACCGAGCCAAUUGUGCAAUGCCCGAUUCCAGGACCGGAGAGCCAGCGCGCAAUCGAGAGAUUGAGCAAGGUGUUCGACACGCGGAGCUUGAACAUGAUGGCGAACUACCAGCGGAGCUAUGGCAACUACAUUGCUGAUCUCGACGGAAACGUACUCCUCGAUGUAUACGCCCAAAUCGCCUCGAUCCCGGUGGGCUACAACAAUCCUACCCUGCUGCUCGCAGCGACCUCUCCCGAGAUGGCUUCUGCCCUCAUCAACCGCCCCGCCCUUGGAAACUUUCCCCAGCACGACUGGGCCGACAUCCUCGAGACCGGUAUUCUUUCCGUCGCACCGAAGGGCCUGAACCAGGUCUUUACUGGCCAAUCCGGUUCCGACGCGAACGAGCUAGCAUACAAGGCAGCGUUCAUGUGGAAGCGCCAGCACCAGCGAGGAGGCUCGCAUGUCGACUUCACGGACCACGAGAUCAGCUCGGCCAUGACGAACCAGUCACCUGGCGCACCACAGCUCUCCAUUCUCUCCUUCAAAUCUGCCUUUCACGGUCGCCUCUUUGGCAGUCUAUCAACCACCCGCUCUAAGCCCAUCCACAAACUCGACAUUCCUGCUUUCGACUGGCCGCAAGCGCCCUUUCCUUCCCUCAAGUACCCUUUUGAUCAAUAUGCUGCUGAGAACGCUGCCGAAGAAAAGCGCUGCCUCGACGAAACCGAGCGCCUGAUCAAAGAAUGGCACGCGCCUCCCGCCGCUGUGGUCGUUGAGCCCAUCCAGUCCGAGGGCGGUGAUAACCACGCCUCACCCAACUUCUUCCGCGGCCUCCGCGAGCUCACCAAGAAGCACGAUAUCCUCUUCAUCGUCGACGAGGUGCAGACGGGCGUGGGCGCAACCGGCAAGUUCUGGGCGCAUGAGCACUGGGGUCUUGAGACACCGCCGGACAUCGUCACAUUCUCGAAGAAGGCACAGACCGCAGGCUACUACUUCGGCAACAGCGAGCUCCGCCCCAACAAACCCUACCGCCAAUUCAACACCUGGAUGGGCGACCCAGCGCGCGCUAUCCUCUUCCGCGCCAUCAUUCAGGAGAUCAAGCGUCUCGAUCUCGUGCAGAACACUGCGGUUACUGGUAGCUACCUGUACGACGGUCUGCGGCGGCUGUCCGACCAAUAUCCGAAUGAGGUCCAGAAUCUCCGUGGCCAGGGCCAGGGCACGUUUAUUGCGUGGGAUAGCCCGAGAAGGGACGAGGUGCUCAAGAAGGCGAAGACGGUAGGCCUUAAUAUUGGAGGCAGUGGCGAGUCGGCGGUUCGGCUGAGGCCUAUGCUCAUCUUCCAGAAGCACCACGCAGAUCUUUUGCUGGAGCGGUUGGAGAGGAUUUUUAAGUCGUAGAUGGGCAAGGGUAAGGAACAGCCAUUCGGAAGGGAAGACCACAUGAUGAGGAGAUGCGAGAUCAGAGAAAUGCAAGACGAUGCAGAGGCUACCGGCAAUCUCAAUGGAAGAAAGGCGAGGCUUCUUUUCCCUGGAUACACGCGGAACCUUUGGCACAGAUUACGGGGAGCUGUUUUUCUCUAUUAGCUAGCUGGCG